AGCCAAUCAGAGCGAAGCAACCCCCGGCAUUUUCUCACGCAGGGAGUCCUAUCCAUGUUGGGCGCCAAGUCUGAUCAGCUGAACCGACACUAUUUGAGUAACGUAAUAGUCUCUCAGAAAACCCGCCGACUGUUUGUUCAACAUGGAUUGUCCAGUGCGCCCAAUAGAAGAGGAUUUGUCCCCUGGCGUAUUUAAAACGCCACAGAAACGGUUGUCUGCUGUCCCCCAGCUGUACUCGGACUUUAUGCGAUGGGAUGUUGAGGACACAUGUCAAUUUCUUCGAGGGCAGGGGCUCCAAGAAUGGACGGGCACUUUUAGAGAACAUGGAAUAACUGGUGUUGGGCUGCGUGAACUUACUGAAGAGCUUUUGCAGAAAAUGGGUAUUAGCCCGCUAGGUGUCCGCCUAGAAAUUCUGCACAAUAUUAAGAAGCUCAAAAGUUCUUCAAUAAUCCCCUCCAAGGUGUUUAAUGACCCCAUCCACGGACACAUUGAACUCCACCCUCUUCUGGUCAAAAUCAUGGACACACCUCAAUUCCAACGACUGAGGAACAUCAAGCAGCUCGGAGGGGCCUACCUCGUAUUCCCCGGAGCAUCUCAUAAUCGCUUUGAGCAUUCCAUUGGAGUUGGGCACCUGGCUGGAAGACUUGUGCGCUCUCUGAACGAGAGGCAGCCUGAAUUGCAGAUAAAUACCAGAGACAUCCUCUGUGUGCAAAUCGCUGGCCUGUGUCAUGAUCUAGGACAUGGACCUUUCUCUCAUAUGUUUGAUGGGAGGUUCAUUCCUAAAGCACGUCCAGGAUUCAAAUGGAAGCACGAGACUGCAUCACUAGCCAUGUUUGACUAUCUGGUUGAGGAUAAUGACCUAAUGCCGGUGAUGGAGGAGUACGGGCUGGUUCUACCGGAGGACCUUGUCUUCAUCAAGGAGCAGAUUGGGGGACCCCAGGUCUCCAUUGACUCUCCCAGCAGAGGGUGGCCAUACGAAGGCCGUCCAGAGGAGAAGUCUUUCCUGUACGAGAUCGUGGCCAACAAAAGGAACGGCAUCGAUGUGGACAAAUGGGAUUACUUUGCGAGAGACUGCUAUCACCUGGGCAUCAAGAAUAACUUUGACUACCACCGCUUCCUCAAGUUUGCCAGGGUGUGUGAUGUGGAAGGGGAGAAGCACAUCUGUACCAGAGACAAGGAAGUGGGCAAUCUGUAUGACAUGUUCCACACGAGAAACUGUCUCCACAGAAGAGCCUACCAGCACAAAGUAGCCAACAUUGUUGAGACUAUGAUCACAGAGGCAUUUUUAUUGGCAGACAAACACCUCCAAUUCGAGGGGUCGGAUGGGAAAAUGUUCACAAUGUCCACAGCUAUAGAGGACAUGGUGGCAUACACCAAGCUGACUGACCACGUCUUUGAAAGGAUCCUCUACUCCUCCCUGCCGGAGCUGCAUGAGGCCAGGGAGAUCCUCCGCAACAUCGUCUGCCGUCGGCUCUACAAGUGUGUGGGCCAGACACAGGCUGAAAGGCCCAUCGUACUCACAGAGGAGAUGCGUCUGAAUUGGGCAGGCGAGGUGGCCAAAGCCACGCCGCAGAACGGCAGGCUGAACGACGUCGUCCUGAGGCCAAAGGACCUCAUUGUCCACAUUAUCUCCAUGGACUAUGGCAUGAAGGAGAAGAAUCCCAUCAAUAGUGUACGCUUUUACUGCAAGAGUGACCCCUACAAGGCAAUUCAGAUCCGCAAGAACCAGGUGUCCAAGCUCCUCCCAGAGCACUUUGCGGAGCAGUUGAUCCAGGUGUACUGUAAGAAGACUGAUGAGAAGAGCCUGGGGGCGGCCAGGAAGCACUUUGUCCAGUGGUGCAUGGACAAAAACUUCUCAAAACCUCAGGAUGGAGAUGUGAGUGCUCCGGAGCUGACCCCUCUGAAGAAAAGCUGGUCUAACGACAGCGGGGCAGAAGACCAGAGGCCGCUAAAGAGGGCCAAAACCCAACUAACAUUUUGAACCAAAAGGAACCUGGUUUUCUUCUUGUUCUUACUCCUUUUUUGAUACCAUUAGAUGAAAAUGGGAUGGCUUAAGGCCUUUUUGGGUACAAUCCACAUUGUUAACCAAAAAAAGGCUUGCACGUUUUGACCUGAAAGCAUUUUUGGAUUCUCCAUUUAAAAAAUAUUAAGGAAUGAAUACUAAUUGAAUCAAAGUAGGAGUCUGUUGUUGGUCAGUGCUCAGGGUUAUACGCUGUAAGGUUUAUCUGAUUUGUGAGGUCAAUUUUAAAACUUCACCUGCUUCUGUUUUUAUUUUUGUUUGGAUAUGUAAGUGCUAUCCAUAGUUUACAUGUUAACUUGAGGACAAUUUAUGGUUGAAAGUUUACUAGCUGGGACUCUAAAUGCUCCUUGUUUGACUUUUAAGUUAAACUAUAAUCAGGUUUGCAGAAACCUUCAGUUUUCUGCUCUUUUUAUUUUGGCAAGGUGAAAGUUAACCCAUUGGUCAUUUAAUCAUGCUCCCUCCUGUACUCUUGAAUGUGUAUUUAUAUGCGCUGGGUUUUAACCUUAUAUUUGUUCAAUCACAUCUCACUCAGGAUUUAUUUUAUUAUUCAAUAUUCCUUUUGUUGAAACUUGUAUUGUAAGCAUUGAACAAACUUCCAAAAUAAUGUUUUGUUGGGAUAACUGAGCCACAGCAACCACUUCAUACAUUUAAUUGUGUGUGAGUCUUUGUGUGGAUUGAAAAUGCAUAUAUAUUCUUUAUAUAUUAUUGUUACUGUUCUUUUCAAAAUACAUGGAAUUGUAUUAAGCUUGUAUUAUGGGCUAAGAUAGUGUUCAGAAGAUUGCUUGCUGUUUUGGUACAUCUGUAUAAACAAAAGUUAAAUGUGAGAAAUAUAGAUUUAUAAAAGAUAGAAAGGAAGGCGGGGUCAAACAUGGUGACCUUUAUAAGGCAAAAGAAAAAUAAACAGCUUUGACCUCAAUAUCUAAAUGUUUUCUU